CAUGCGCAGUGUGGUUGGGCGAUACAUUUGAGCUCACCUUGAAUAUUAAUUCAAACUGAGAAGUACGGACUUCCAUGACUAGCGACAAUAUUGGAGUAGGACCAGAACAAGCAUUUAUUAUAAACAACUUUUUAUUGAACACGUUUUAAAAACGUGUGUUUAGUCACGGUUUUAUUGGUUAGCAUGUUUCCGUCUUCUAACAGGGUGAAACUGAACCGACUCGCCCUAAAAGACGUCGUUGGUCUCAAACUAGCUCCACGGAGGCGAAAAACCCCGAAGGCAGCCAUUCGCAUAUCACCCGACUCCUCAAAACAACGUCAAAAUGUACUUUCAAAGCCUUUGUCAGUGGAAGAGACCGCCUCUGUCUCUGGGGACCGAAAAGAAUCGAACCAAACUGUCCCAGAACCAAAGAGCUUGGAGAAACAAAACGAUACUCUCAAGGAUAACUUUAAAGGAAAACUGAAGGGGAACUACGAUGUUGCACAGAAAGCCAAGUGGAGAAAUGACCUUCAGUCGUGCACAGGGGACAGCAUGAAGAGUAAACGGAGCGGGCCAAACACUAAAGAAUUUGUUCAGGAUACACUUGUGAACCCAUCUGAACUUGCUGGUUCAGAAGGGUACUUAAGAAGAUCAGUUGGAGCCUCCCUCUGCAUUGCGUGCGGGGAAUGUAAAUACAUUUCCCCCCGGCAGAGGACCUUGGGUAAGCAAAAGCCUAAAAACUCUACCCCGGAUUCCGGGCCGUCUCCCGCUAUGGUUAAGGUCUACGGCGGGAAAAGAGCCGUUGAGACGGUGGAGAAGAUCGUCGUGUGGAUUAAUGAGUACCCCAAAGUAACACUUUGCGACAUUGCAGCAACGUACGAUAUAUGCAGUCAUAAUUGCGGUUACAUUUUACCAGAUGAUCUCAAGAACAAGAAGAUGCAUUGCUUCAAGCGGGACAUGAGGGCUGGAUUUCGAAUUUGGCCCAGUUGUAUAGGGCAUAACAGUGAGCAAGGUGGUGAGGCUAAAAAUAGCACCAGCAGUCCCAGUGUGCAGAGUGGAAACAGCAUCUGUCAGGCUGAAAGUCUGACAGAACAACACAAACACCCGCAAGAAGGCACAGCAUCAGAGUUCUCAAAGACGCCUUCAAAGCAUUUCUACAAUGGCUGGACGGAUGUAGACACCACUACUCCUGCUUCUCUCUUAAAAAGCAAACACACAGAAGAAGACGAGAUCAGGACUUGUGUGUUGGAUCAAUAUCAGCUGGUUGAUGCUGGACUUGGAUCUGACCCGAUUGCUUUGGAGAUUCACAGAGUCAAAAGAAUGAAGCUUGGGGACGGAGUUGAGUGCAGCAGAGUUUGUAGCACGGCCUCGAAAGAAAACGUAGUAAUCAGUGGACCUGAUCAGAAUAUUUUCAGUCCUACUGAAUAUAAUGUAUUUCAAAUAUCACCAGUGCUGUUCAGUGAGAAUGAUGAGGUGAACGUGGACGUACCAGAGUUUUUCACUUGCCAGAGAGUAAGGCCUUAUUUUAGGGAACUACGUAGUUCGUGUGCGCGAACUUACAAGUCCUGGCCUUUUCCAAAUAGUCAGCCGAGGUGUAAAGUUGGUGCUUCUGCCACAGCCUGUUCAGAGACGGGUUCAUCCCAAAGUAGCCCCAUUGACUCUGUGACAAAGAAUUCAAACCUGCCUAGUUCAUCCACAGGAGAAAACCACAACAUGACAAACCUGAGGACAGCGCAACAAUCUGUGCAGUUUGGAAAAUCUGUAGCCCAUCUUCAUUGUCGUUCCGUUCCAUCUUCAGGCCCAGGUCAGCUUGGUAUGGAGCCAGACGUUGGAGCUGGAUCAACUUUUCUGUUGAACCGCCUUGAAACAAACGGCUCCACCUCGACUACUACCACCCACUCAGUGCUCAGUCUUUGUGACUGGGAAGAAUCCUCUGCUUUGUCUAAUUUAUCAGAACCAUCAUCAAGCGGCCUUUCUGCCACAAUGUUUUCUCCGCUCCCUUCAACGUUCCUAUCAAGGAAAAUCCAAAACAAUGCGGGGAAAACGGUUGAGGAACCCCAACUCUCCUCAUUCGGUCCUGUAUCCUUUGCACUUCCAAACAACUCCUGCCAGAGUCUUGUAUCCUCCAUCGACUUCAGUUGUGACCAGAACAACAACGACGAAUGUCUCCCAAUGAAGAGCCCACCCAGGCUGGAACCAUACGACGCAAGUCCGUUCAAGCCAAAACAUUUGUGCAACGUCCCCAGACAAAACUAUGUGGACUUUGACGCCGAUGGGUUUCUGCUUCCCCCAGAGCUCUCCCCCAUCACCUCUCCAUAUAGGCACAUUUUAGGGUGUACCUCAUUCGAAAACCUGGAAAGAUUGGAAGAUAAGGAGGAGGUUAUGAACAAAGAUGAAACACCAACAGAUUUUUACCUGGCACAAGUGGCCAAUGGCAACACCGAGACCUCCAGUAUUUCUUCUGAACACUCCAGCAAAGAAAUGGAAGGCGCUACAAGUCCCAGUACUCCGACUGACAUCACCGCUUUCAAAUUGUUGUCUUCUCCCAGCAACACUGAAGUGGAUGGCGAUGAGGGUGUAAAGGAAACUUUAGAUGACUCUGAGAAAAACGUUGAGGAUGGUAAAAGAAGUUUCAAGCAAGGUCCCUUUGGUCCUAAAGUACAGGCAACGGUUGGUUCGAAUGUCCCAACCGAAGGCAGCUCGUCUCCCAGCAGCUUCUGUGAGGAACACACAGAGGAAGAAGACGAAGAAGAGCAAUGCUCUUCUACAGAAGAGGAAUUGAGCUCUUCCAACACGGAAGACGACCAAAGAGAAGCAGAGGGGACCAAAGAACAGGAGUCUGACGUUUUGGACGAGUUCACAGCUUAUGAACAGGAUAUCUUGCUCGUCGAUGUUGUGAAGGAGGAUCCGGAACUGUUUGAAAAUCUGCCAGAGAAGAGCCUGCUGAACCUGGGCCCCAUCAGGGACACCGCGGCUCCUAAAAAGAAACCAAUCCCGCCAAUAAAGCUUUCAUCCAAGACCACUAAGUCAUCAUCAGUGUUUGAUCAAAAAGUGACACCAGUUACAGUCGAUUUUCAUGAUGACUGUACUGAAAUUGCAGAGGAGAUGGAAAGCAGACCAUGGAGACCUCGGUGUAGCAACAUGACUACCAAAAAUCAAAAUCCAUACGCUCAAAGCGAACAUCUGGGACGAUCUGACAGAAACAGCAUUAAAAUGGAUGGAUCCCUGGAAAGUAAUUUUGGUCGUCUCAUCCAUCCACAUGUGACCUCAAGACUAGGACGGUGUAUAAAAGCCCCGGCUAACCUGACAGAUUUAAGGCGUCAGAAAUCAAAUGAAUACUGCAGACAGUACUUCAGUGAAUCGCUGUCCUGUGGCUUCAAAAUGUGUCGCUUCCAGCAUCUACCGGCGGAGGGGGACGAGAAGUUCUGUGUUGACAUGGUGACGAAGUUUGCCAAAAAUCCAGCGUGCCUCCAGAAAGCUGGCGCUGUGUUUACCGGGUACUACCAGAACAGCCCACCGGGGGCGUAUUUCUCCAUGCCGGCCCUCCUCACGCUCCUCUGGGCUCUGCUGAAAGCCGGCAUGAUGUCCAACGUCUUCUCAGUCCUCCGCGUCAGCUUGGCCCACAACAUAGUGCCGGGCCACGAGUUCCUGCUGGCUCUCUUUAACUACGUGAGGGACAAGGAUCUCAUGAGCUUCGUGCCCGAACUGAUGCAGCUCACAUUCAAGAUGGCCGGCGUCGGUUUGGAGCUGAGCUUGGACUGCAUAGACAACGUCAAACACAGCCCCAUGUUUCAGCAGGCGGCUCAUCACAACUCGCACCUCGCUUUGGGUGGAAACCACAACUCGUCUGCCUGCACGCAGAGUCCUGAGUAUCUGAAUUUAGUUCAUGGGAUUGUUGAAAUAGAGCUUUGUGCCAAGCAGGAAGACUGGAAACGGAUGGGAGAGGUGUACAGGUCCAUCUGCCAGUCCAGCCAACACCCAAACCAGGUGGAGCGCAUCAGCGGUCGCAUUGCUAUAGCGCUUCUGUCUGAGAGCAAAGACAAGGUCUUGCUGCCUUACGCUGCUUUCGCUGAGACAGUGCGCCAAAACGAAAGCAAGGAGAAUCUGGUGAAGACUUUUGUGGGCAGAAUCGGAGUGUCUUUGAUGUUGAGAUACCACAAAAAUCGCCACUGGAUUAAGGGCCGCAGAGUGGUGGAGGUGAUGUCCGCCUUAAAAGUCGACUACACAACACUGAAGAGCUUAUUUGGGAACGAGGACGGAGCAUCGCGCUGCUGCCUGAUCACUGUGGCAACGGAGCUCUUCCUCCUGAGUGGGAGUGUGGAGGGAGCGCUAAACACACUCCGAGAACACAACUGGUUCAUGAGUUCGGGUUUGUGGCCAUGCGAGCCCACUGAUCUGGAGGCCAGGACUAAUCUGCUGAGGCGUCUGGCUGGGAAAACCUCUCACCGGGACACCUUGGAGGUCCUCUGUAAUCUGCCAGGAGUUAAGGAACCAAGCGACCUUAUAGACAUCUCCAGGUACAGUCCUCUGUUUACGUCUCACCUUCAAGUGUGUGUGGAGAGGCAGAUUCUACCUGUAGCGUCAGACCUGCUGGACUUCAUGCUGAGUAAACAGCUGGCUGUCGAUCACUCACUGCUGCAGACGCUGCUCGAGAAACUGGGCAGGCAAAACUUGUGGCUGCGGGCGCGGGAAGUCUUCAAACAUUCCCUGAGUGCGGGCUACUACCCUGACGUAUCGGCUGCCCCUGGUUUGAUGGCGCUGGUCGUACCCUGUCAGCUCGGCGAGGUGGAGCUCGCUCUCGCCUUGGAGAUGUUUGUUUCCUUCAAUGCGUCAGCCAUUCUUCCUCUUCCAGACACCGCCACUUCUUCCCUGAGCAUCACUCUAAAAAGGACUCAAACCUGCGAGGGGGACUACAUCUCGGCAGGUAACCGGCUUCUCUCCGCAGCUUGUCUUCCCCAGCCCAAACUCACUGUCCGCUACACAGCGGUCAACUCCUCCCAGGAGCAGCUGUUCAGGCUGGACGUUCCCUCCGCGCGCCGCUGGCUCCGCCACAAUCACUUGUGGGCCAGCGAGAUGUGGACGCAACGACCCAGAAGUGUCAACCCCAACUGACGUCGGUAACUAUUGUGACGUCUUCUUGCGUCCGUGAAUUCUCCGAGAAACAUCAAUGAAAUCAGGUAGAACAGCGUGUUUCUGUUCUAGUUCUACAUUUCUUUUCUUCUUUACACGCGUGGCAACUCAGUCGCAGGAAAUCACAACCAAAGACUGAUGCCAGUUGAUCAAACUUUUUAUGUUCAUGUUUAUUUAAAGCUCUUUAUUUUCCUGAGGUAGUUUUGUUGGCUUUCACUCAGAGUUUUAAGGGAGUAACUUAGAAUUUAUUUCUUGCAGGGAACAAUCGCAUGUAAUUUUUUGUGGGGGGGGGAGGGUGGAGUGGGUGUUACAGUGUUAUCUGUAUAUAAAAUAAUUAAAUAUGUAUUUAUAUGACCACAUUAUGUUGCUGUAUUGUUUGUUACAAUCAAAACUGUUGCUUGU